AUGGCUCACAUCCUAAUCUACCACACCCACGGCGCAACCCGCACAUUCUCUCCCCCCACCUCCAACUCUUCCAACCCCUCCCCCCAAACCUACGCCGCCUACGCCGCCCGCUUCACGCACAUCUACCCCUCGCAAUCCAAAGUCCACUCCGGGAUCCUCCCACCCACCUCCCGACACCCCGUAACCCCCAUACGAGCCCAACUCUCCUCGAUCCUCCUCGCACAACGCUCCGCGCUCACGCGUUUCGAAGCCCUCAAAAUCCCUCCCCACUAUGCCGGAACGCAUUUCCUUCCUAUCCACGCCGACCCUGCAUUUCGGGCCGAGAUUAACGACGGCGUAGGUUUUUAUCUGGACAUCUAUUCCUCUUCUUCAGAAGUAAUAUCUCUUCUGCACAAAUGGCCAUUCGAUGAUGCGACCAAGAGGUUAUUUCGGAGUGAACGACUUCCGUAUGUUGAUUUAAUAGUGCAAUUUGAUCAGCUGAAUGAGAAAUUGCAUAAAUUGGGACAAGCGAGUUUGGGGGUACUAUGUGAAGUAUCAUUGUAUUCCGGAGAGAGAGAAUCGAGCGGUGGAAAUGGAUGUGAUGCAGGAUUUGGAUAG